GAAACACUUCAACCUCAUCUGUCUUGUUUAAAAAGCAAACCGCCUCCAAAGCAAUUCUUGUAAGACAUUCAGCUUGUUCUGGAUCAACUGAGUACUGUAACAAUGCGCGCAGCCAAACUUUUGCUGCUCAAGGCAGCGAGUUGUGGGGUUAUGGCGCACUACAGUGCAGCACGCGGCCUUGCUCGGGAAGCCUUGCGGAAGAAAGCGAGAUCGCUUGCACAUGGUCGGUUGAAGUUAAGGCUUUUGAGUAUACCCUUCACUUCUGAGGUAUAAGUAGCCAGUACUACUACCAGUCGAUGCUGACCCAACAGGAGAAAUUCAGUUGAAACACAACAAAUGAACUGCUUGGACUAGAAGUACAACUAAUCUCGCCUCUAGUUCUAAUACAACAAAAGAAAGCAGGAGCCUCGACGUCCAGGAAGGAAUACCAGAGGCAAGGUGCCUUGAGCCUCCUGCAGCUUGAUGAAAAAGCUGGAGUUUUACAGCGUAUCCAACAGAGACGGGAGGCGUAUGAAAAGGUAGUUGGUCUUUUUGAUUGUUGUUGUGGCAUAUUCCACCAUCGUACCUGCGGUAUCUUCAGUAAUUGCAGUGCUGACACAACCACAAGAAGAAGAAACUUGUUGUAGCUCACUUACUGCGCAAAGCGGUAGAAGACGACGUAAGAAUUAGAUUUAGACUCAACUCGAACUCCUUCUGCAAUCUACACAGGCAACCGAUAUGCCGCAUUUGCAUUUUUUGAUUCUUGCGGAUGAAAAUUUCCAGAAGAGAAUGUCCAAGCAAAUCAAGAGUAUCGAGUGCUACGCAAAAUAUUGGGGGUACACGGCAAAAGUCCUCAACCCACGCCCACAGGACAAUCCUUAUGGGAAAAAGUACUUCUACUUUGACGAAACACUAGGUUUCAAUUCUUGACCUCGUCCUACAUCACAUACAAUUCCAGCUCGACCUCCAACCAACCAUUCCCCAACCGAUUGUUUUCAACCCAGGUGCAUGAACGAGCACGAUGUGUUUUUCGUGCGCCAUUGUCUCGUUGCUGAGUAUCUGGAUCAUAGCGAUCCGAAUACGGUCAUCAUGCUUCUCGACGCGGACGUAGCCGCGCGUGGCUUCAUGCCGAAUAUGGACAGCUAUCUACGCGAUUUCAAGGACAAGAAAACUGAUCUCAUCUUCUACGAGAGGGGGUGGGGCUUGCAUGAGAGGAAUGAAGUACUGAUUCACAUUUUCUUAGAUUUUCUUCCUUUGACGAACUCAUCAUCCUCCAUGUACUUCGUUCAAAUCCCGAUUUCGAGGUUCACCGCAGUUUCUGGUGUGCUCGAGUACAACUUGAUGUUCGUGUUCCAUAACUAAACGUGUUCUGUUCCAUAACUCAAAACAUCAUUAACCAUAACUAGAACUCAAAUCGCAAUCCUCCAUAUUUCCUCAGGUGAUGGCCGGUGCCUACAUGGCUAGAAACAGUGAGAAAGCGAAGAAGUUUUUGCGCUAUUGGGGAACGAUGGAGCACGGACGUCCCAAAGGCUACUCCUCAUCCGACAACGGCGCACUCCAUCUCGCACUAGCACAGGUGCUCGGUAAGCACCCUCUAGACAAAGCGCAGGAAUGCCAUUAUGAAGAUUUGUUCACUCUUGUUGAUAUGAAAAACCAAAACUAUUGGUCACUGUUAGAUUUGUUCCCUAGUGUUGAGAUGAAAACCCCCUCUUCUAUCAUAAUCUGAAGACUAUUUCCACUUGUUAACAUUGAGAAGAACUAUGCACUAGCAUUUCCAUUUUUUCACACUGGUAUUACACAACCUCAUCCCCAUCCCCACCACAAUCCCCCCUCCCUUCAUAUCACGGAGCGCUAUGACGGUCUGAAGGCUUCAGUGUGGAAUCUGGACCCGUAUGCGGAUUUUCUGUUGUGCAUGCGCCAGCUGUUGGAGAUGGGAAAUACGCCAACUAGUCGCACAGGACGAUUAAGGCUCUAUAGAUUUGAUUCAAAUUCAUCUUGUUUUUAUUUGGUGCAUACUAACUACGUCCUUGGGUGUUGAAAAGUGUUUGUAUACUUGAGUAUCUAUUCUCGUGAGUGCUAAGAAAAAGAAACAUAUACUCUCAAAGGAAGAUGAUCAUGCACCAGAUGAAUAAAUAUAGAGACGAAUCAAUUACAGAGAGCUGGCUCUAAAGCUUAGCUUCGAGAAAGCUGGUGGUUUGAUGCUAACCGGUGUAUCCCAGGAGGUUUUUGAGCGCGAGAAAAGCCUCAACAUCAAGCCAGAAGCGGUUAUUCCAGAAAUCAAAAUCCAAGUCUUGGCACAGGUAUAGAAGUUAUUGAUGAAUAACGCAAUUUAGCUCGUCUUACUUGUCACACAGAGAUACAAUCUUGAAGCAUCGUCCCCACAGUCAUUCUACCCAAAUCAGCUACUUCGAGAUCAUCUCACUCAACUCUACUUCACUCAACUCUACUUCACUACAACAGCACGAAGGCCUCGCUCCGGACUUUGUGUACAUCGAUAAGGCCAAGCGGUCUCCUUUAGGCCAUGGACUGAAGGACUGGGACUACUCAGCCGCCGUUCGCUGGUUGCAGUGGAAGGACCUCGAGAAAUGCGAACUUCAAGAUGGCGCCAUCGCCACAAGCGAGCACGCGAUCGCAGACGAUGAGGAAAAAAGUUUAUGCCUUCAUUUUUUGGUAGUGUAAGCGGUGUUUCACAUUUUCGUGCAGCGUUCCAUGAUAAAGCUCCGAGUAAUAGUAAUUGAUUCUCGCUCGUCCACUUGCGUUCCUUGUCUACUAAAAAUGAAUAUGAACAAGAACAAGACUCGUUAGACGACGAUCUCAUUCUCUACGAGAACUACAGCAACAUGAACAUCUAAGACUCCUGCAGGGCGCAGACAAGAGCAAGGAGGGGAAGCCAUUUGCGUCCGUACCGGCAAAGGAUGCCAAGGGUGCUCGCCUCAACCGCAACCGCGGCUUGGUGUAGAUACCUAACGGUUGCCUAGUCAGAAGUUAGAUGUUUUUGUUUCGGUUUCACCCAAGAUGAAGAUAGUUUCUUUGAUUUUUUAGUCUUUUUGACCCAGUUUCGCAACAGUUAACCCAUCAACUUACUUUUCCGAGAAAUCACACAUCGUUUACCUAGGAUUUACCAUGAAACGUUAACGUACUACACACACGACUAUGGAUGGAGAUUCACACGGAGUUCUUCACUAAAAAAAUGUACCUAUUUCACUGACAUAGCAUAGACGUUAUACGCGUAACAUCGUUUCCGUACUACAACUUAUGACGUGCACCAUGAUAGAGAAGUGACAGAAUUACUACACAAUCGAGAAUCUCAACAUUCAACGUUUUCCGUAAGGUUGCGAAGUACUAAGGCUAAGCCUAAGGGUUACAAAAAAAUAAUGAUUUUGCAAGUAUUGAUGUUGUAGCUAGUUGUACAGAUUGAAUACAUGAUUGUUCUUCAUUAAUAAGUUGCUGGACGAUGUGGCUGAACAACGUUUUUAGAUUUUGACUUCUACCAAUGCCUAUGCGUGUGCUACCAUGCCUACCAAUGUCAAUCUUCAUUCAACACCAGAUAGAAAAAUAAGCCUAAGGCUCCUUUGAUACAUACAGUGCUGAAAAUCUUCUUGAAGACCACAGAGUAGACGACAAUGUCAUGAUCAUGAGUAGUAGCUUGUUCGUUGAGGCCAUCAGGUCAACAGGCCAUCAGGUCAACGUGAGGUCAACUGGACACGGGUCCACGUCGACUAGGAGGCCGUCCAUCA